AUGGAGGCUCCUGAUGAAGCUCAGCUCUGUUUUCCACAACUCCUCAACACCUCCUGCACAAAGACACAGCAGUUUAACGCUGAGAACGUUUUUCUUUACGUUGUGUUGUCCCUCGUCUCUUUUCUGACUGUGACUCUCAACCUGCUGGUCAUCAUUUCUAUUUCCCACUUCAGGCAGCUUCACACCACAACCAACUUCUUCCUCCUGUCUCUGGCUGUCUCAGACUUCUUUGUUGGACUUCUUCUGAUGCCGAUCCGAAUCCUCAGGAUGGAAAGCUGCUGGGUCUGGGGGAGCUUUAUGUGUGGACUUUACAAUUAUACCAGUUUUAUUAUUACAUCUGCCUCUGUAGGAAACAUGGUGCUCAUUUCAGUUGACAGAUAUGUGGCCAUCUGUGACCCCCUGAGUUAUCCCAACAAACUGACCCAUAAGAGAGUUCAGAUCUGUGUUUGUCUGUGUUGGGCCUGCUCUGUGCUCUAUAAUGGUAUGAUUCUGAAGGAGCAUCUGAAACAGCCAGACAAAUAUAAUUCCUGCCAUGGACAGUGUAGAGCUGUGAUUGAUUUCAAAACAGGGACUUUUGAUUUCAUAUUUACCUUCUUCGGCCCCAUCACAGUAAUCAUGGCUCUGUACAUGAGAGUGUUUGUGGUGGCUGUGUCUCAGGCUCGAGCCAUGAGGUCUCAUGUUGCAGCUGUGAGUCAGAAGGGUUCAGCUCCUGUAUCUGCUAAGAGGUCUGAGAGGAAAGCAGCUACAGCUCUUGGAGUUGUUGUCAUUGUGUUUCUAAUGUGUAUUUGUCCUUACUUUUCACCUUCUCUUGCAGGUAAAGACACUUCAAAUAUUUCCAAACUUUCAGUUAUUGGAAUAUGGCUACUUUAUGCUAACUCUUGUGUGAAUCCAAUCAUUUAUGCUUUCUUUUAUCCGUGGUUUAGAAAAUCUGUGAAGCUCACUGUAACACUUGAGAUUCUGCGGCUUGACUCUUGUGAUGCUAACGUCCUGUAA